AAGUACAUCAUUAACAUUUAGGUUUUUUUCUCUAGUUUGUAGAAAUGAUCUACGAGCUACAGCGUACGAACAUUGAUUGGGAGUAUAAGGCAAUGCGUUCCCGAAGGCAUAGUAUUAGUAGUGUUAAUGGAGUCAGUUGGCCUAGAGGUCUUGCCCUUGGCGGAUCAGGAACGAUUGGCGCGAUGAAGUAUGAACGUGGAAACAGACGGGACUAUGAUCGUUGGGAGCAACAGGGCAACGUUGGAUGGGGUUGGGAUAAUGUGUUGAAAUACUUUAAGAAGUCUGAGAAUAGCAAAGUUAUGCGGAAAAGUAAACUUCAUAACACAGGGGGUUAUUUGAGUGUAGAUAACUAUGAUAUAAAGGAUCCAAUUAAUACGGUGUUACAGAUGGCAGCCAAAGAAGUAGGAUUUGUUGAGUUGAAAGAAUUGAAUGGCAAUCGGAAUGUAGGAAUUGGAAGGGCUCAGUUCAUGAUAGAAAAUGGAACUCGUUGCAGUCCAGCGAAAGCAUUUCUGAAUCCCGUCAAGCACCGUACAAAUUUGCACAUAAUAAAACACGCUUUCGUCACCUCAAUUUCAUUCUCAAAAGAAAACGUUGCACAAGGGGUUAAUUUAAUCCUAAGAAACAUGCAUAGCUUGCGAGCCAUAGCUAAAAGAGAAGUAAUCCUAUCAACAGGCGUUAUAAACACUGCAAAAUUGUUGAUGCUUUCCGGAAUUGGUCGUCAGACAGAUCUUGCCCCUUUGAGAAUAUUGCAGCGAGCGGACUUAAAUGUAGGAUACAACUUGCAAGAUCAUGUGGCCAUUCCGCUUUUUUACAAGUUCAAUAAAUCAUCCCAAACAAUCAUAAACCUUACGUUGGAAAAAGUGCUUAAUAUAUUCGACUAUGUCCUUAAAAACAACAGCCAACCGCUAACCAACCAUGACAUGUCCAGUUUGACGCUUAACGUAAAUACUGUAAACGCAACCGAGCCAUACCCGGAUGUUCAAGUAGGUUAUCGAUUGUUCAAGAAAGGCGGAAUAACUUCCUAUUCUGUGAUGCAAAAAAUGGGAUACGACUGGGAGAUUGUGGAAUCCAUACACCGAGCAGAACAGAAAGCCGAUGUGGUAUUGGCGCUGAUCGGUGUUCUCAAUCCCAAAUCAAAGGGUACAAUUAAACUCGCCGACGGGGAUCCAUACAGCGAUCCCAUCAUAAAACCAGCGUACUUUAGCCAAUAUGAUGAUUUAAAAACUAUCAUCCGGGCUAUCAGAAUCCACCAACAGAUGCUCACGACAGCUACUUUUCGCAAAAACGAAGCUCAGCUGCACCAAUUGAAUAUUCCGGCUUGUGCGUUUAUUCAGUACGAUACAGACGAGUACUGGGAGUGUUAUAUACGACACAUGUCCACCAGUAUGUACCACCCGGCGGGGACGGCCAAAAUGGGACCAGAUGACGAUCCGGAAGCGGUGGUGACUCCACAAUUGAAAGUAAGACAUAUCGGCAACUUGCGAAUUAUCGAUGCAAGUGUCAUGCCUCAGAUAGUGAGUGGUGGCUUGAUGGCUCCAACGAUAAUGAUUGGUGAGAAAGGUGCCGAUCUGCUAAAAGAAGACCAUAGUAUGUAAG